CGAGCCCCGUCCACCCCACCCCUGGCCACCCUCUGUCCCUGACCAGUGCCCUGAAUCUGCCCCCAUGGAGAAGGGGUUCCAUAGCCCCUGCCCCCGCGGCCCUCGGGUCUGCCUCCUGCUCCUGCCUGUUUUCUCUCUCUCUCUGUCUCUCUCCCUCGAUGUGCCUGUCUCUGCCUCCCGUUUCACCUUCUCUUUCUGUGUCUGUGUCCGUGUGUCCAUCCAAUUCUGCCUCAGACAUCGUGUUCUUCGGUGAGAACCUCCCGGCGAGGUUCUUCUCCUGCAUGCAGUCAGACUUCCUGAAGGUGGACCUUCUCCUCAUCAUGGGCACCUCGCUGCAGGUGCAGCCCUUUGCAUCCCUCAUCGGCAAGGCACCCCUGUCUACCCCGCGCCUGCUCAUCAACAAGGAGAAGACCGGGCAGACUGACCCUUUCCUGGGGAUGAUGAUGGGCCUGGGAGGAGGCAUGGACUUCGACUCCAAGAAGGCCUAUCGGGACGUGGCCUGGCUGGGUGACUGUGACCGGGGCUGCCUGGCCCUUGCUGACCUCCUUGGAUGGAAGGAGGAGCUGGAGGACCUCGUCCGGAAGGAGCAUGCCCGCAUAGAUGCCCAGCAGGCGGGGUCGGGGAGCCCUAACCCCAACCCUUCAACUUCGCCCAGGAAGUCCCCACCUCCUGCCAAGGAGGAGGCCAGAACCCCGGAGGGAGAGAAACCCCAGUGACAGCCACGCCCCCCGGGGAAGGAUGCCCAGCAAAUCCGGGACAGCAGAGCCCCAGCCAGCCCUGGCCCCCUCUAACUUGCAGCUCUCAUCUGGGGAGCUCAGAACCUCGUCCCAGUCUCUUAACCACUUCCUCUCAAAACUGGGUUCCCAGCCCCCUGACCCUGGCAGAUCUCUAACACCUCCCAGGGGCCGAGGCCUGGGCAGCCCGGCUGUAACAGCCCGCGGUCUCUAACCACCCGCAGGGCCGAGGGUCAACCUCCCCUCAUCUCUAACUGCUCCCCGGGCCAGGGCCGCCUCUAAACUCCUAACUAUUCCGCCCCGGGCCCCAGGGCUCCCAGGGCUCCCAGGGCUCCCCCUGCCCUCCACUGCUCCUCGGGGCCUGUGGCCAAGCAGGGCCAGUCCAACCUACCCUGGGCGGGCCCCUCAAACAUCACUCCCACUCAGUGGGGGGAGCUGAGCCUGAAGGCCUCCCUGGUCUGUGUCUCCGACGCCCGAAGCGGGUGCCGGUCCCCUUCCCUUGGGACCCACUUCCCAUGCGGGGAGGGGCAGAUAAUGUUGCUUAUUGGAGACAAAUUAAAAACAGAAACAACUAACGAUCA